AUGGCGUCGUUUAAUCUCGAUGGGCAAAUCGAGCAGCGGUACAAAAUUCUUCGUCAUAUUGGUAGCGGAGCGUACGGCAUCGUGUGGUGUGCGUUGGACCGUGAAACAAAUACACUAGUGGCAUUAAAGAAGGUGUUUGAUGCGUUUGGAAACCAACAGGAUGCGCAGAGGACGUAUCGUGAGGUGAUGCUGCUUACUGCUCUUCGUCACGAGAGCAUUGUUCUCUUAAGGAACAUGAUACGAUCUGUGAAUGGCACCGAUAUUUACCUUGCGUUUGAGCUUGCCGAGACGGAUCUCUCAACAAUUCUGCGGCAUAAUGUAUUGGAACCAAUUCAUCGGCAGUAUUUGGCCUAUCAGAUUGUAAAAAUUGUUGCUUAUCUACACAGCCGUGGAGUAAUUCAUCGAGAUUUGAAACCGGCUAAUAUCUUUGUGAACU